AUGCGCGGCUUUGUUGAAAGGAUGCUGGAGAGACUGAAUGUUUCUGAGAACAGAGACCGUGUGUCCGUGGUCCAGUACAGCAGAGAUCCAGAGGCCCAUUUCUAUCUUAACACGUACUCACGUAAGGAGGACAUGCUUGACACGGUCAGGGGUCUGAGGCACAAAGGAGGGAGACCCCUCAACACAGGGGCAGCUCUGCAGUAUGUGAGGGACAAUGUCUUCACUUCCUCCUCUGGAAGCAGACGUGUAGAAGGUGUGCCUCAGUUACUGAUUCUGCUGAGUGGUGGAAGGUCAUUUGAUAAUGUUGACACACCGGCCUCAUCCCUGAAGGAGCUGGGAGUGCUUAUCUCUGGGAUAGGGUCAAGGAGCUCAGAAAGCAGGGAACUCCAGAGGAUCUCGCAUGAGCCUAGUUAUGCACUCAAAGUGAGUGACUUUGCUGACCUUCCCAGUGUCCAACAGCAGCUUUUCAGCAACAUUGACAUGGCCUUUGUAGAGGGCACGUCUAUCCCUACCACAAUGAAAUUAUUUCUUCCUGAGUUGUAA